ACUGUAGAUAGGAGUUUUAACAUGCUUUGAAAUAUGAAGUGGCUUGUUUGUUCUCUCAAUUUUUCAUUUCUAGCAUUGGUCAACACUCUCUGAAGUAAUUCCCACUGAAUAGUUACAUACUGUAAGUAACAUGACAACAUUAAAUUCUAUCAUUCUCUUCUUUUCCUUUACAGUUCUACGAGCACCCCUCCAGUACCGUUUUCCUCCACAGAUCUGCUUAGCUCAUACUCCAAAGAUCCCAACCUAAGGCAUCAUAACCACCACCUCCAUCAUCACCACCACCAUCAGCACCAUCAUCAUCAUCUUCCUCCAGAUGAACUGCGCAGGAACUCCCAGAUUUCAGAUCUGGGGGACAGGGACAGGUUACGCUCUAGUCAUGAUGGAAGGCAGGAUGGUCAAGACAGCAGGGAGUUCAUGGAAAAUAGUAAUAGUAGAAGUGGCUCAAGGAAAGGGACUAUGUCAGACCGAGGCUCACCAGAAAAAGAUGCAGAUGACAGACCACCUUCUAUAGCAGGCCCAAGAGAUAGAGCUCAAUUACCUAUAAAACCAAACUACUUUAAACCUAACGGUUUAAGAAUGUCUGUGAUCAACCCAAGACUCAGUGGAUCUAGUCGUGAUUCAGAGGAUCUGGUAGCAACGGGGACUAACUGGAUGCCCCUCCCAUCAGAAAAACCCAGAACAACUCGCAGUGGCCAGUCUGUCAACAAUGGUAUCAGCAAUGGCAGCUCUCAGGUUGCUGGACCCUUCCCACCAAAGCGCACAAAUAGUCGAUCUACAGCAAAUCAGGGGUCCUCCACACAAUACUCAGGAAGCAACAGAAAAUCAAAAGAUACAGAGCCCAAAUAUCCAGAUCCAAUGGUUGGUGCUACCACUGCAUCCUUUCAGACAAGAAUAGCAGAGCUAAAUGCUUUGGAAGUAGAGACAAUACGAUGGGAAAAAUCAAGAAAAUUCAAGAAGAAACCAAAACAAGACUCAUAGCAUUUUUUAAGAUAAAACGAUCUGUUGUUCAGUUUUUUUUUUUUUUUUUAAUCAAAGGAGGAUUUCUAGUUAAGACCAUAUUGAAGUUGUUUUAGGAUAUUUUUACAUUCCUAUUGCGUUUGAUGUUGACCUACACAAAUAGACAAUCAGUUAUCUUUGCAAUAGAGCCUUAAAGAAUUCUAGUUUUUUUAUUGUAAUAUGAUAUGGUUGCUAACCUAUUCACUAAAGAAUUUGUGAUAAAAUGUUACCUUGCCAAACAUGGUGCCAAAGUGAACAUGCGAUGUUCAUAAACUGUUUGACGUCUAGUAACGAGUAAAAAAAAUGUAUCCAUCACAGGGGUUGCUUGGUUUUUAAUUCUUUAAGCUCUAGUCUUUAUUUUUCAACAUUCCACAAGAACUCACCAGUAGAUACAACAGAUUUGCACUUCAUAACUUCAUA